UCAACAUAUGAAAUACAGAACAAUAAAAACCGUCAGCUCCAGUCCCAAAUAACUACAAUGGGACAACAAGUGUGGUCGACUUCACGCGGCGCUGCGCAGACUGAUCAGCGAAUGACAACAAAGUACCGCGAGAGUGAUUAGAAAGCACCGCUUGCUCUUUCCGGUGUGAUGACCUCAAGUCUGUCCCAAAAUGCACUCCCAUGUACCCUUGUGGACUCGUGCCUAGUGCCCUAUAGGUCUGCACUUACUGACGUCACCAAGUGUGGACUCAGAGGAGGUCCACAAGACCGGAGUGCGCCAUUUGGGACAGGGCCUUUGACGAGGGAAGUUUAAGCAAUGGACGAAACGAUUUUUUAAAUCUCUAAAUACAAGUUAAGGAACAAAGCGAUUACUUUUCAGUUCUUUCAGGUGUGUGUAUUUCAUUAAAUCUUUUUAAUCGGAAAUUUAAUUCCUCUUCUCCAUAUAGUUAUUGCGUUUUAUGAGUAGCAAACCACCAAGUGUGGUCGUAUUAACGUAAGUUUACUUACUGCCACGUGAUCUUGAUAAAGUCAAGCUAUGAUAAAGACACGAUGAACAAAAGUGUUGCAGACCACAGCAAACAAUAACCGUGUCAUUACUCCGAAGUCUGUUGCUGUAGUCCUACACGUGAAACAAACAUGCCUGCUGUCACAACACAUUUUACUACUCGACUAUUCUGACCUGCUGUUGUAAUGAUGGAGUUUGUUCAAGAGGAGCGUGAUGAAGAAUCAUACACAAUGACAGAUGAGGAUACUGAGGAAGAGAGAGAACUGGUAGGAGUGAAAGAAGACCACAAUGAAAUGGAGGAUGAACAUAAAUGUCACAAUUUCAGAACCGAGGAAAAUUCUUCAAUCUCUCAAACUGACGAGAAUUCCCCUCAAAAAAGAGCAAAAGCCAAAACCUAUUUUCCAUGCCAUAUUUGUGGCAAGACUUUUACAAGAAAAGCAAGUCUCAAAUAUCACAUAGGGCUUCACACUGAUGAAAGACCCUACACAUGCCCUCAGUGCGAGAAGACUUUUGUCAGUAAAAUGUAUCUUAACGCUCACAUAAAGCGUCACAGUAGUGAAAGGCCCUAUAGCUGCCCUCAGUGUGGAAAGACUUACAAAGGCAAAGGGCACCUUCAGACACAUUUAAUAACUCACACUGGCCAAAAGCCAUUCUCAUGCCCUCAAUGUGGAAAGAGUUUCACACGUAAAGAAAGCCUUAAUAUUCAUACGAGUUGUCACACUAGUGAUGGGCUUUACACCUGCCCUCAGUGUGGAAAGAGUUUUACACAUAAGCAAAGCUUUAGUUUUCAUAUAUUAAGUCACGCUGGUGAUGGGCCCUACACCUGCCCUCAGUGUGAUAAGAGCUUCCCAUCUAAAAUGCAUUUAAAGAGUCACAUGCGUGUUCACACUGGAGAGAAAGCUUUCGAGUGCCCUCACUGUGAGAAGAGUUUUAAACAACGAGUACAUCUUAAGUCUCACAUACAAAUUCAUACAGGCGAGAGGCCUUUCUCGUGCCCUCAGUGUGGAAAGAUGUUCAGACGUAAAGGUGAUCUUGGGUGCCAUAUGAUAACUCACACUGGACAAAAGCCUUUCUCGUGCACUCAGUGUGAAAAGAGUUUCACAUAUAAACAAAGCCUUAAUAUUCAUGUGAGAAGUCACACUAGUGUUGGGCAUUACACCUGCCCUCAGUGUGAAAAAACGUACACAUGUAAAUGGAAUCUUAAGGAACAUAUAAUAACUCACACUGGCCAAAAGCCUUUCUCAUGCCCUCAGUGUGGAAAGAGUUUCAGACAUCAAAGUCAUCUUAGGGAACAUAUAAUGACACAUAAUGGCCAAAAGCCUUUCUCAUGCCCUCAGUGUGGAAAGAGCUUCAUACGUAAGGGAAAACUUAAUAUUCAUAUGAGAAGUCACAGGCUUUAAAUCUACCCUCAGUGUGAUAAGACAUUUACAUUUAGAGAGACAUAUGAGUUUACACAGGAGAGAAAACCUCUCACAUGCCCUCAGUGUAGUAAGUCUUAUGCAUCGCAUUCUUACAGGUGAGAGGCCUUUAUCAUGCCAUCUGUGUGGUAAGGGUUUCAUACAGGCGCAAAGAUAGCUACAGUUUCACGACACGACGUUGACCUGUGUUCAGUGCAGUUAAAAACUAAUCCGUGUAAAAAGGGUUUUAUUGAGACUGCAUACACAGAGAAGCCGCACCACUGCCGUACAUCAUGUGGGAGAAGUUUCAGACAAGCACAACUUGCAGACUCGCAAAGAAAAGUGCUGUCUGCAAAAACAUCAGCCUUUAGGUCCAAGCAUGUGUUUUUUUUUUUAUUAAUGUAGUUUUGAAAUUUGCCAUUGUUUGUUGAUGUAUGUUCUUUCAGGAUAUUUGUAUAAAAAAUGAGUGAAGUUUAAAAAAUGUCAUGUUUACAUCUUUUUUCCACAUACUUUCUGGGAUAUUUAUUUCUGUUAACUAAGGAGAGAUGUUUUCCUCGGAUUAAUACAUGUGUGUUGCAAUACUUAUAAUACUUGUGUUGACAUACUGCAACUACGGUUUUAUUAUUCCUUUUUCUAUGAGUUGUUUUAGUAGCUUAUUUUUUA